GGCACACAUGGCCUGCGGGUCCCCCUCGUCCUGUCAACUAUGUUACAAAUAAAAAACCGCAUGAGAUACAGCUCGCUGGGCAUCGCCGGUGCGAAGCUGCUUUCCUCCGGUCCAUCCAAGAACCCUGUCGUGUUUCUGGACAUCGAGGCCGACAGCGAGCCGCUCGGAAGAAUAAUUAUUGAGUUGAAUGCAGAUGUCGUGCCAAAGACUGCAGAAAACUUCAAAGCACUGUGCACUGGGGAACAUGGCUUUGGAUACAAGGGAUCUGUGUUUCACAGGAUCAUACCUGAGUUUAUGUGUCAGGGAGGAGAUUUCACCAAGCACAACGGCACAGGAGGGAAAUCUAUAUAUGGGAAAACAUUCAAAGAUGAAAACUUUAAAUUAAAACACACCGGUCCAGGAACACUUUCAAUGGCAAAUUCGGGGCCAAACACCAACGGCUCUCAGUUCUUCAUCAGCACAAUUAAAACUGAAUGGCUUGAUGGUAAACACGUGGUGUUCGGGCAGGUGAAGGAAGGUAUGGACGUGGUUACCAAGAUGGAGUCCUUUGGUUUACAUGACGGUGGUGUGAUCAAAAAAAUUGUCAUCACUGACUGUGGGGAGAUCAAAUAACACUUAAGUUCUCACGUGGACUUCUGUUGGGUGACUCAGUAUGCAACUAAUCACUCUUUUAUCUUUCAUCCUGUAUUCAUGAUACUUUGAAGGAGGAACUGUCACAGGUGAUUCUGUUCUUCCCUAAAAUCUGAUAUUUUCACUGUUCAUUAUGUUGUUCAGAGAUCUAUAUAUUUAUCAUUUCAUGCUCAAAAUGAGGUAUGAUGUUUAUAUUGUGUAUUUCCUUCUAAAUAAUACUAAUAAUGCAAAGACUGGCAGUAACACUGGUGCAUUUUUAUCUAAGUUGUUACAGAUUUCUUGCUUUUCCAAGGUUUAACUUGGCCCAUCUACUUUGUGUACACAUCCUAAGUCAUCCAAUAUGUGAAAUGUUCUUAUUGCGCAAUUACUCUACAUUUACUGCCAAAUAAAUGACCACUUUCAGAUUUUACUA